AUGCCCACACCCGCGGUGAUGCGACUGAUGGGCAAGCAGCAGGAGGGCCCCAUUCGCCAUUCGGCUCCUGGCGCCCAAACCGUCCAUGACUCUGCCGCCCGUCCUCACCCCUCCGAUCAUCAUCCCAGCCUCCAAUCGCCUGCUCUCCAUCUCGCCCCCGCAAGCAACGUCAUCCCUCCAGGAGCGCCCUUGCUGCCCUAUCCACAGCUGCCCUCCUCAUUCAGCUCACCUGCCCCACCAGCUACCCACACCGGGUCCAAGAGUCGGUCUGUCGACCUCUCUGCCCAAUCAGCUCACUUCUCUCUCGCCAGUGCCAGCAGGCCCUCAGCACAUCUUCUUUCAAAGGCCUCCAUCUCAAACCCAAUCAUCAAACCAGCCAGCAUCCCUCAAGACCCCAUCGCACCCCCCUUCUUGGCCAACCGCACGGCAUCCGAUACGCUUCCUCUCAGUCAUCUAACCUAUCUUCCCGUAAAUUACGCCCAAAAGUUCAAGAGUGCUCCCAAACUUACGGCGUUGGAAUUCAUUAAAUCCGAUAGGCGCCACUCACCUUCGUACAACCCCAUGAAGCCAUCCGGUCAUGAUACUAGUAAGGCGUCUUCUGGGGAUGUGUUGCACUGGGAUGGCCGCGGUCUCCAGCCAGCUGACACCAUACUCGUGGAUCCUGCUCAAACUCACAAAACACCUCCGCUUCGUCCAUCCGCCGUUGCUUCGCAGCUCCCAACGACCCAGACCACGGCUGAAAAAUCAACCAUGUCUUUUUUCAAAAGACCUAUCCGGAUGAUGCGCGAGAAGAAGGGUCCACCAGCUCCAUUAAUGGUCAUUGGCGAUCCACUGUCGAUCAAACCAAUCGAGAUCAUCAAGCCCCCACCUCCUUCUCCACCUCUCAUCCGCCCAUCAAAGGUUCCAAAUUCUAGAACACACAGUGACACAUCAAAGCCGUCGACAGAUCCAACCUCUGUGCCUCUCACUCAAAAGGCACCCUCUUCCUCCUCUACCGGAAGUAAGCUCAACUCCCUUCUCAAUGCGGCGGCGAGGUCCAUACGAACUGGUGAUUCUAGGCUGCUCGAAACAUUCACAGCUGCUCUAUCACCAAGAUUCGUGCCGGAAUCUGACAAGAUGCCACCACCCAUUCAACCCUGGAGCCGCAAACCCCAAGCUUAUGCGGCCAACUCACUCAAACGAAUCCCCGUUCCUGCUUACCACACCUCUGAAACCGACUCCCAAUCCCCCAUAUCUCCCAGGCUGACCCGAACUACAAGCUACGAACGACCAAAGACUGCCACAAAACACUCUCGCACUUCCAGUAUGCCUUUCUCUCAGGCCCCUCCUGCUCUGCAACAUGCCAACCCUCUGCAAGGUCCACAUAUACCAUCGCAAGAGCAAAUCGAAGACCAGAUCGAAACUGUUGAGAAGCUUCCAGAGGCAGAGGAAGUCAAACAAUCAGCUUACAUUCCAGCCGACUCAACUGUUAACAUUCAAAUCCAUCCGACUUUGGUACUUGAAGAUGACUCCGAGCCUCUCGGCAUCACAUCACCUUCCCCCCUCGAGCCUGAUCCUUCUGGUCGAAAGCAAGAACUAUAUGUCACAGGCGCAAGAGCCCACAGGAGUUCCUCCAAUUUAAGCUAUGAUGAUUUUCGGGAAAUGGUUUCGAGAGCUAUGGGAAGCCCUUUGACUGUUAACCACACUAUCAGCCACAGGAACUCUUGUUUGUCUCAAAAAAGCUCUGCAUUAUCUCACUCGCCCUUACGCCAUGUCAACGAUGUAGCACAUGAGCGCGUCCCUGCUCGAGAUUCGCUCGCGGAGCUGGUCACUAACGCGAACAAAUCAGCACCCGGCUUUCUUCAACGGGCGUCGAGCUGUAGUAUUCAGGAGGCGAAACGGGAAUCUUUCCAGAACAUGCCGCUCCCCGCACUUCCGACGCUCUUAUCAUCUAGAGAAAGUGACUCAAACUCCAGCCCGGGGUUAAACGUUGAGGGGGCAAAACCAACAGCUACGUUGGAGAACAUCAAGAAGCAACCUAGGCCCUGGACAAUGGCCAUCCCCGGAAGCUUUGAUCACCGUCAAGACCUGCAAAAACUACUCCCAGACCUUGCCCCUUCACUUCGAAAGAAGACACUGGUCCAGGGCACGACUCUACAACACGCGCUGACUCUGACCGCCUCGAAUCCUAAAUCUUCGUUUCCAAAGCGCAAGAUACGUCACUCUUAUCCUUUGCGUCUUGUCUCUAGUGGCUCUCCCCUCGAGCGGGUAUCGAAUGCCUUGUGCUUUCCUGAUUCACCUGGUCAGACUGGAAAACCCUUGCAUUUCAAGUUACGAACUUCCGGAGAGUUUGAAUAUCGACACAACGCCACCUCCCGUCUGACUCCUUCCCUAACAUCCCCCUGCCCAAAUCUGAUGUUUGGGUUUCGUGGUGAGGUGUAUGAGGUAGAUAAGUGCGAAAAACCCUUGGAUAACCGCCAGUCUGUCAAAUCCUCAUUUGAUUACGACCAAGACUCCGCAGUCAAGUCUUCACUAGAUUAUCAAUCACCUGAUCCGACAUUACCACCAGGAUUCGUGGACGAAAAACAGACGUCGACUUCAGUUGGACAAGAUAUCGCCGCUCAAUCACCCACGAUUGAGGCUUUCCCCGGGAGAGGUGCGACGGCUGUAGACAAAGCCAUCAAUGAUCAAAACGCUACAGAUAUGUUGCCAAGGAUUGACAUGGAGCCCGAUGAACUGGGUCAGUCGAUUGAACUCAAGGAAAUUUGUCUGAUUGGUGGUGGCAAUGCCGACGAUGCCAAAGAGAACUUGAGAGCUAGCGGCUACUUCGCACAGGAAAUCUUGAUCGAGCCACCAUCACCACGUCUCUCAGAAAGAAAUGUUUCAACUGAACACUUAAUGGAAAACUUGAGCAUGGAUAGAGGUUCUAGUGAAGAAGAAUCUUUCCGGCUACCAGAUGAAAGUCAUAAUUUUGAAUUGGGGUCGGAACCCAAGAUCAUCAAUCCCGAAACUUCUCUAGAAAUGGCCGCAAGUAUAUUGGGGCAGCCAGUACCUGCAGUAUCCAAACAAAUCUGGAAGGGAUUCGAAAGGUUACAUUCACUGACGGAAGGUCGUUUUAUGGAAUCGGAAGGGAAAGACCUGAGAGAAGUGCUGGGAAGAUUGUUCGAGCCGGGCUCUCAAAGUGGAAACACGACAACGGAGGUAGCAGUUCAAACUGACCCAGUUGCGUUCGCACAGCGAAAUGAUCAUUUUGUCCUCCAGCCCCCAUGCAUCAUUCGGAGAAGCAGUACGCGGAGGGUGGCUGAUGCCCUCAAGAAAUUGGCUCAAAGGAGGGAACAAACCGAGUCACUUUCGAAGGAGAAUCUGCCGCUGAAUCUCACUCGGCACUCGUUUCAGUCUGAACGCAGUUUUGUAUCGGCUUCCCGCGGAAGUGUUUCGAGUCUUCAAGAGUGCAUGAAGAGCAGUCAGCAUGAUACUCCACGAACAUCAGGGAGUACCCGGACCCCUUGGUCUGAGAGACGGCCGGCAGGGUUGGCUGAACUGGCGGAGCUGAGGAGGUUUUCUUCGACUCGGAGUCGGACGCCGCAUUCGAUCCACCUAUCCCACUUUUCUCCGUUGCGACAGGCCACCGGAGAGUCACAUCUCAGCCUCCGUAGUCAUUCUUCACCCCUGACGACCUCUCCAUUGCUUACUGAGAGCGUACUUGACGCGCUGGACAAUGCAUUGCGAGCGGAGGAGACUUUCCAACGAGAGAAACAGCAUCUUCAGUCUGUUGCGCGACGUCAGUCCCAGACCAUCGAAAGCCUGCUGUUGGACAAGGAAGUGCUUUCUCUGGAGGUUGCUCGACUGACCGGAUUGGUCGAACUGCUGACUCGGGACCACAACCUCCUCAACGAACGGAUCGAUAAAGCUGAAGAAGCAUUUGACAAAAUACCCAGCUCGAAGGCCCAAGCUUCGCGAAGCCACUCUCCCGACGAAACGGCAUGUUAUUCCACGGCGGCAACGGGCGAAGGUAUCCUCCACAAGGCGGAGAAGCUGAAUUUGGCUCACAAGCAGCGACAGGACACUGAGAAAGAAGAGAGAUCAUUCAAGUCGAACGGCAUUCUUACUGAGACUGAUGACGGUGUGAUGGCUGGAGACAGCGAAGACUCGGAAGACAAUAUAGAGGACGACCGAGACUCGCUCUGCGAUCCCGAACAAGGAUCGAUGAUCCAACACGUGCUUUGUACGUCCCCUCGAUCGCCUUUCGGCCUCUUGAAUUCUCACAAAAACCAGUCGCCUAUCCCCGGCUCUUAUCCUCUCUUGCCGACGGUACCAGCUGUCUAG